GUUGCACACAAAUCCAGAUGAUGCUGCGUACCAUUUUGCGCAAAUUGUACUGUCGGUGUGAUCAAGGCCUAAAGCAUGGUAGUUCGUGGAGUGUAUGGAGGGUGGCGCUACUUCUCAAAUCCACCACCCGUUUGCACGGAAAUCUGCGCUUGAAACUCUACUCUGUGGCGCAUUGCUGGAUGUCUUUCAGCAUCUUCAGAACACAGUAGCUAGCCUGUUAGCUAGAGCUUCCAAAGAUAUGAGCCGCAAAAGAAACCACCGUUUUACCGAAACAAGCCUUUCUCCCGACCCUCAAAACGCAUUCAUGGACACGCCGGUGUCUGCAGCGCGACCCGAUGAAGAUGUAUUGGAAUUCGAGCCCGACGAGGAGCUACUCUGCUCGGUGAGCGACAUCACCGAACACCUUGGGAGAAACAUAACAGUGGUGCUCGAGACGGCGUUGUCCGAAAUCAGGAAAAUGGUCAGCGUCAGGAUACGGGUUCUGAAAAUGGAGCUUCGGGAGAAAACGGACGAAAUCGAAGUCUUAAAAACGAGACUAGAGGUGCAAAUAGACGGUAGGGACCCGUAUCCUGGAGGAAUGACCACCGAGGUUUCAUCUGUAUUCAGGAAAGCAGACUUCCAUUCAGGCAGCAAACACAACAACAACGACCACAAGAAAGCCAAACCAGCCAUACCUGGCGUGAAGAAAGAAAACAUCAAUGCCAUUUGCGACUAUCUGAUGAAAGAUAAGAAUUCACGGGGUGCUGAAACGGACAGUGACCCGAGCAAUCCUUCGUCUGGUAGCGACAGGGACAGCCGCCACGACCCCCAGCCGCACUCCCUCAACCACCUGUGGUCGGACAGUGUCAUCCCUGACGCGGGGCAUGGGGACGGGGAAUCGGACUCGGCCACGGAUGACAUAUUUGACAUGUCGCUACCGUCAGGAAGCAAGCGGAUCCAUGACUAUGAGUGGAUGACUGGGGUGGAGUACACGUCGGAUUUGAAAGGUAUGAGGGAGCCUAAAUCGGAGAGUGCCAAAACACCAGAUGAGGAAGAUGAUGAAGAGGGUGACGAGUCAAAAGAAGAAAGGAAUGAUGGAUUGGAGCAUCCCCCAGCCCCACUCUCCCAUGACACAAACAGCCCCAACUUUCCCCUGCACCCCCAGGGCUCUCCAGGAGGGGAGGGGGACAGUUCUUUGGAGGCCCAUGUGGAUCGACUAGAACCGGGUCAGCAGUUUACCUCCCACACAUACCUCUGCCCACUGUGUGGAACYUUCUGCCCCGACUCCUUGUUCCUAGAGGAGCACCUCAAACUGAUACACGGCGACACCACCGGCACCCACAGCGCCCUGCAGUCCACCUYCGUUGCUCCUCUCACUCUGGGAGAGGGUAGCAGUGACUCCAAGCGGGGGUUGGCGGGGCUUGAAGGAGGGAGCAUUCCGGCUGGAGCUAGGGGGAUGGGCCUAGCAAGAGGAGGAGGAGGAGGCGGGGGAGGAGUAGGGACGAGGGAGAAGAAAGUGGAAGGGGGUUACGAGUGUGGAGAUUGCGGCCGCCAUUUCAACUACCUGGGCAACCUGCGGCAGCACCAGCGCAUUCACACGGGGGAGAAGCCCUUCAUAUGCCCAGAGUGUGGGGAGAAGUUCCGGCACGCUGCCCGAUUGAAGAGUCACCGGCUGGGGCACAACGGAGGCCAGAGCCCCUUCCCCUGCCCCCAGUGUGGGAAGGGCUUCCCGGUGCUCUCCGGCUUAAAGAGRCACCAGCGGGUGCAUACRGGGGAGAGUCCCUACGCGUGCCAGCAGUGUGGGCGCCGCUUCAAGGAGCUGGGUAACCUGUACACCCACCAGAGGAUUCACAGUGGUGCCACGCCCUACUGCUGCCAGCAGUGUGGGAGGAGCUUCCGCCACCUGGGCACCUACAAGAGCCACCGCUGCACCCCCACACAGUGACAAUCUACGCCUUUACCUUGAAGCUAGACUGGCUAACUGCUAAGUCUAGCCUAGCCAUCACAGGAGCCUAUUGAUAUGCUGUUAACUGAGGCAGGAACAUUGUCUGAGCCUAAAGACAAGCCUCAUAUGGACUUAAAAGGGAGGGAGACUGUGCCAUGAUGAAGAAGAGGUCAAAGGGCAUACUGAUGAAAGCCAUGGCCUCGUUCAAAUAGUACAAAACACAUAAUUCCCUCUUCGGCUCCCUUCCUUGAAGUAAUCACUCAUCUAAUAAUAAUARUACUUUUAAUUUAUAUAGCGCUUUUCAUUACAAACAAGAAUCUUCAAGUUGCUUUGAAAACAAAAACAAAUGUAGUGAUCUGGCAGUUCCUGUUUGAUCUUCCACAGCUUCAGUUGUCUAGGCAGUUCAGAAAGGCAACCGGUAGCAGUAGUGUCGAUGAUACAGACAGGCAGAGAGAAACGUCAGUCCGAUACCGGUAGACAGGCCUGGAGCACUUCAUCAGAGAGUCAGGGAGAAUCAUCAGUCAGAUACUGGUAGACAGGCCUGGAGCACUUCAUCAGAGAGUCAGGGAGAAUCAUCAGUCAGAUACUGGUAGACAGGCCCAGAGCUCUUCAUCAGAGAGGGCGAAACAUCAGUCAGAUACUGGUAGACAGGCCUGGAGCACUUCAUCAGAGAGUCAGGGAGAAUCAUCAGUCAGAUACUGGUAGACAGGCCCAGAGCUCUUCAUCAGAGAGGGAGAAACGUCAGUCAGAUACU